AUGUCGUCCCUCGAGGCCAAGAUCGUCGUCGUUGGCUCCCAGGGCGUCGGCAAAACCUCUCUGGUAACGCGUUUCUGCAAGGGCCAGUUCGACCCCUCGCAGAUCACGUCGACCGUUGGCGCCAGCUUUCUCACAAAGCGUGUCGUCGAUAGCGACAGUGACACGGUUGUGCGUCUGCAAAUAUGGGAUACUGCUGGCCAGGAACGCUUUCGCUCCAUCUCGCGCUUAUAUUACCGCGGCGCCAAUGCCUGCAUCCUCUGCUACAGCAUCACUGACGCCAAUUCCUUUGCCGAGAUGGGCAUCUGGCUGACCGAGCUGCGCCGAAACCUCCCCGCCGACAUCGUUCUCCACGUCGUCGGCACCAAGGCCGACAUUGUCGCCCGUGACCCCCAUAAGCGAGAAGUCCCUUUUGAGCGCUGCAUCGCCUACGUGGCCGAGAACCUGGCUCCGGGCACGAGCAGCACCCCUCCGCCCACGGCUGGCGGCCUCGGUCCGGGUGGCUUUAUCGGUGGUGCCAGCGUCUCUGGCUCGGGAGGCGUCUGGGCAGGGUCGGGGACAGGCUCAGGCGCAGCAGGCGCAAUGGGGGCGAGCUAUGCGGCCUUCUCACAUGGCACAACGUCCGCACCACCACCGCUGCUGGGCGGCGAGCCGCGCAGUCCCAGCUCGAAACGAAGCUCCGGCUUCUGGGGUCAGGAGGCCGGCUGGGAUGCCUGCCACGAGAUCUCGGCCGAGAGCGGCGAGGGCGUCGAGGAGGUGUUCCGCGUCGUCACGCGCAAGCUUGUCGAACAAAACCGGAAGAUGCAGCAGGCCUUGCUUGCCGCCACAUCUACGCCCGGUGCCAUGUUUCUGCCCGGCGACGGCAGCAGUAACUCAGCCGGCGCCGGUGCCGAUGGCUACGGCUACGGCGGUGUCAACAAUGAUGCCAGUGCGCGCGGAAGCUUUCGCGUGGGCCGAGACCGCCGCAGCUGGCUGUUUCCCCAAACGUUUGGACCCGAGAUUGCAGUUGACCCCAACGGCUCUGGCAGUGCCCGCGACCACAGCCAGGACCCUUCUGCCAACCGGAGGCGGGGAUGCUGCUGA